AUGUUUAGGCAGUCAAAAAGAAGAAUUGCCUCAAGAAAAAAUUUUGGUUCAUACGAUGAUAUCGCCAAGAGCGAAUUAGAUGUAGGCAAUACAAAUGCAGCUAAUCAAGUAAUCUUAAGUUCGACUUCAUCGGAAGAAGAGAAAAAACUUUACGCCAAGCUGUACGAGUCUAAGUUAUCAUUUUACGAUUUAGCGCCACAUGGAGAAAUAACACUAGAACAAUUUGAGAUCUGGGCAAUCGAUCGUCUUAAAAUUCUGCUGGAGAUCGAAUCUUGCCUUUCAAGAAACAAAUCCAUCAAAGAAAUUGAGACUAUAAUCAAGCCGCAGUUCCAAAAACUACUGCCUUUCAACACAGAGAGUUUAGAAGACAGGAAAAAGGAUUACUACUCUCAUUUCAUUUUAAGAUUAUGCUUUUGUCGUUCAAAAGAACUGCGGGAAAAGUUUGUCAGGGCUGAAACUUUCUUGUUCAAGAUUAGAUUUAAUAUGCUGACCUCCAACGACCAAACAAAAUUUGUUCAGUCAUUGAAUCUACCUCUACUUCAGUUCAUCUCAAAUGAAGAAAAAGCGGAACUGUCCCACCAGUUGUAUCAAACAAUUUCAGCGUCUCUACAAUUCCAAUUGAAUUUAAACGAGGAACAUCAAAGAAAACAGUAUUUCCAACAGGAAAAGUUCAUAAAAUUACCAUUUGAAAAUGUGAUAGAACUGGUAGGAAACCGUUUAGUGUUUUUAAAGGAUGGGUAUGCUUAUUUACCCCAAUUUCAACAAUUGAAUUUACUUUCCAAUGAGUUUGCCAGCAAAUUGAACCAGGAGUUACUAAAAACGUACCAAUACUUACCAAGGCUGAAUGAAGAUGACAGGUUGCUACCAAUUCUAAACCAUCUCUCAUCAGGGUACACUAUUGCAGACUUCAACCAGCAAAAGGCAAACCAAUUCGGUGAGAACGUGGAUGAUGAAAUCAAUGCGCAAAGUGUCUGGUCCGAAGAGAUUAGCUCGAAUUAUCCGCUAUGUAUCAAAAACUUGAUGGAAGGUCUUAAAAAGAACCAUCAUUUGAGGUAUUAUGGAAGGCAACAACUGAGUCUGUUUUUGAAAGGUAUCGGGUUGAGCGCUGAUGAAGCGUUGAAAUUUUGGUCUGAGGCAUUUACAAGAAACGGGAACAUGACGAUGGAGAAGUUCAAUAAAGAAUACCGUUACAGCUUCAGGCAUAAUUACGGUCUUGAAGGUAAUAGAAUCAACUACAAACCAUGGGACUGUCAUACUAUUCUUUCCAAGCCCAGACCUGGGCGCGGAGAUUAUCAUGGGUGCCCCUUCCGUGAUUGGAGUCACGAGAGACUAUCUGCGGAAUUGCGUUCCAUGAAGUUGACCCAAGCGCAAAUCAUCAGCGUUCUUGAUUCCUGCCAGAAAGGUGAAUACACAAUUGCUUGUACUAAAGUAUUUGAAAUGACACACAACUCUGCAUCAGCGGAUUUAGAAAUUGGGGAGCAAACGCAUAUUGCGCAUCCUAACUUAUACUUCGAAAGGUCAAGGCAACUGCAAAAGAAACAGCAGCAGCUGGAAAAGGAAAAACUUCCUAAUAAUGGCAAUCAUUAG